AGUUGCUCCUCUUCCUCCUGCGAGCCACGAGUUCGAGGCCCGCGUCCGCCUCUUUCUUCCCCAGCAAGGAAGCAAGCAUGGCGGAGGCGGCUUCCUUUCCGGAGAGGCUCUUCCCGGGGCUCUUCCUGGCGGGGCCGCCCCACCGCGCUGUCACCCGGCCCUCCUCCUUGGCGUCUGGCUGGGGCUCCUAUGGGCAAGUGCAGAGGGAGCAGGAAGAGGAAGAGGAAGAGGAAGUGGAGGAGGAACCGAGGUUCAUCCCCCGCCACAGGAAGGCGCGCCUGGAGACCUGGAAGCCCGCCACGGCCGCCCCGCUGCCCCUCAAGCCCCCCAACGCUGGCUGCAGGAUCCCGGCCGUGCCCCCCGAGGACGUCCUGCACUUGGACCACAUCCCGCCAAACAGCGCCAGCGCUCGGGCCACCCUGGACUUCACGGGGCAGCUGGGCUCCCUCUUCAUGGACCACCCGGACGUGGCCUUUGGCUCCAUGGGGAGGCUCCUCCAGGAGAACUUCUUCCUUGGAAACUCCAGUGUCUCCGUCAAGUCGCAGGGUAAAGUCUGCUGUGUGGCCCGCAUCCUGAGGGACCUGGACAAACAGCCUUGCAGCUCCAGCUGCACCCGCUUUGCGUCCCGGCACCGCUUGCGCCUGGUGGCCAACCUCUGGCGGGACUGGCUCUUCGAGGUGCCGCUGGUGCCGGUGGCGGAGGGCGUGCACCAGGACCUGGCCCAGCGCUGGAGGGGCCUCUCCUUCGAGGACCGCCCUGCGGGGGGGGCCCUGGCCUGGCUGGACGGCCCCCUCGCCCACAAGGGGUGCCUGGUCCACCCGGCCGGAGAGGCCAUGAACCGGCUCUGCUUCCAGGAGGUGGUUCUGAAGCGGGGCCCCUCCGGCCGCUUGGCCCCUCGGACCCUGGGCUCUCCGGCGCGGUUUGAGCUGAACGGCAUGGUGCAGCAGGUGGCGUCCGCACAGGUGGACGGCUGCGACUUCCUGGGGGUGCGCUCGGACUACCACUGCGGGGCCUGGAGGCUGCGGCCAGGAGAAGUGCCAGAGCCAUUAGAGGUGGUGGCCACAGAAGCCCCCUGCUCUUCCAUCUCCGUCAGCCCCCACCUGCCAGGCCAGCUCUCCUUCUGCACCCAACGUGGAGCCGUCUACCUGUGGGACGUGGAAGCCAGGCUCCGGCUCCUGCACCAGGACAAGGAGACCAAGUUCUUCCGCGACCCCUCUCCCUGGCGCUGGAGCGAGUUCACUGCCCACCCGCAGGUGCUCACUCUGGCCGACCGGACCGGCCUGGUGGGCCUCGACCAGAGGGUGGGCUCUGGCUCUCCCUUCGACCUCUUCAAGGUGGGGGCGGAAGCGGAAUGCCAGCGGGGGGAGCGGCUGGUGCUCUCCAAGUACCUGGGCCAGGCACACCCCUUCCAGCACCUGCUGGCCUCUCAGUUCUGCCUCUUCCUGCUGGACGAGCGCUUCCCGCUGGUGCCCCUCCUCCGCUGGGAGCACAUGAUGGAGCGGCCCCCCCUCUUCGCCCAGCUGCUCCCCGCCGGGGGGCCCCACCAGAGCCACAAGCUGAUCCUGGGGGCCCACCACUCGCAGGAGCUCGCCAUGGUGCAGUACACAGGAAGCGGCAGCAGCGCCCCCAGCCAGGUGUGGGGCCCCCCGCAGAGGCUGCCCUGCAUCCGGGACAGCCUGCCCCACUUCCCCCUGCAGACCCCCCUCCGACUCAGCGCCCUCCGCCAGCGCCUCUCCCUCCCCAGCGCAGGCAUCGCGGCUGCCCUUGUCCCGGGGGGCCACCACCACCGGUCCCUUGUGGUCUUCCAUCUCUCCGAGGCGGGCGACCUCUUCUUCCACCCGAUGCUUUGCCAGGAGGAGGAAGAGGAGGAGGAAGAAGAAGAGGGGCGACAAGAGAAGGACCUGGACGCGGAAGAGGGAGAGAAGGGUGUCCCUGUCUCGGAAGGGGACCCCCCGUACGUGCGCUGGCUGAAGGCCUUCCUGGCGGCCUGGGAGGGUCUGCCUUGGGACGCCCAGGGGAGACCCCCCACCCCGUCCACACUCAGCCAGGCCUUCCUCUUCAAGCGGGGGGAGUUGCAGGAGGGGCGGGACGAGGCCCGCUGCAAGGAGGCCCGCCGGCACCUGCGCCGCGCCAUGGAGGAGAGGGGCCUGCUGGGGCCCCUGGGGGACAGGGGCCCCUCCCCGCCUCUGCCCCCACCGGAGAUCCCCCUCAAGGACCUGGACGAGCUCAGCGAGCGGAUGGAGGCCUCCUGGGGGGGCGGCUGGGGGGGCUGGUGGCAGGACAAGCUGGGCCGCAACCUCCACCAGAAGCGCCGGGACUUGCGGGAGAGGCGUCGGCGGGCCAAGAGGGCCCGGGGCCCCGCCAGCCUCUCCGGGAGCUUUGUAUCCUCCACCAGCGGCCCCUCUGAGUUCAGUGACUCCUCUUGUGGGGCCAGCAGACCCCGGCCGAGGCGGACCCCUGCCCCAAAAAGAACGGAGAGCCCGCCUCUCCCUUUGCCGGCCGCGGCUUCCCAAGAGGCCGAGACGGAGACGGAGGACCCCCUCGGGGGGCUGCUCUCCUCCCAGACGCUGAGGGCCAAGGGCAUCCCGCGGGAGAGGAGGCGCACCCUCCGGCAGUACCUCGCCCUCUGGGACCCCCAGAAGGAGGGGGAGGGGGAAGCGGCAGUCACGCAAGACCCCCAAGCGGACCCCCCAGGGCUGCCCCUCAGCCAGGCUUCCAGGGGGACCACGUGCUCCCAGGGCUCCUCCUCACAGCGGGCCAAGAAGAAGGCGCGCAUGGGGUUCUGAUGGGACCCCCGACCCGUGAGAAAACAAGGGGGGGGGGUAAGAACUUUUGCACAAAGAAUGACAUUGGACUUCCAGAUUCUGUAUGCGAGGGUGGAAUGAAAAGUAAUGCCUCCCCCUUCACUACAUAGUUUGGCCCUAGUUUUGCAAUUGAAGGGAGUCCGAAGCAGGCCUUCCCUCCAGGACUCCCACUCCCACAUUCGCAUGUCAACUGUACUGGCCACUUUGCAAUAAAGCCAUGUUUUUAUA